CACUCCUCUUUUUGACAUCGCUGUGCAACCAUCGAGAGAUGCAGAAGAGAGAGCCAAACAAGGCGGCAGGCGCCGGCCCGACGCCGCCCAAGCGCGGCCGGCCCUUCGGCAGCACCGCCGCCAACACUGCUGCUGCAGCCGCAGCCGCCGCGGCUGUCGGUGACUCGUCCGUCCCGGCCUCCCUCUUCGGCCCCUCCCUCCAGCUCCCUGCCUCCUUCGCUGAUCAAAAUAACAAAAGAAUUGUCCUGGCACUGCAAAGUGGGUUGAAGAGUGAGCUGACGUGGGCAUUGAACACGCUUGCAUUACUCUCCUUCAAAGAGAAGGAUGAUAUGCGCAGGGAUGCAGUGCCCCUUGCUAAAAUACCUGGACUGCUGGAUGCUCUCCUACAAAUCAUUGAUGACUGGCGGGACAUAGCUCUUCCAAAAGAAUAUGCAAAGCGCCCGAGAAUAAGAUCACUAGGGGAAAAUACUGCAGUCACAGGAUUUGGAAAUGACUAUGAAGUGACAAAUCCUAAUAACGCCCCUCCCAAUGCUGGCAGCAAUGGCUUGAAGCGCCAGUCAUUAGAGUGGUGGUUUGAUGAGGAUGGCCUGUUUAAUCUGGAUGAGGAAGGGCGCGCAGAAAAGCAGCAAUGUGCUGUUGCCACUUCAAAUAUAAUCAGAAAUUUCUCUUUCAUGCCAGAUAAUGACCUGAUUAUGGCACAACAUAGGCAUUGCUUGGAAACAAUAUUUCAAUGUAUAGAAGAUCAUGAGACAGAGGACGAGGAGCUCAUAACUAAUGCACUUGAGACGAUUGUCAAUUUGGCACCUCUGCUUGACUUGCGUAUAUUCAGUUCUUCAAAGCCAUCUUUUAUCAGAAUGACUGAAAAGCGUGCUGUUCAAGCCAUUAUGGGAAUGCUGGGAUCUUCAAUCAAAGCUUGGCACUGUGCUGCUGCUGAAAUGCUUGGACGGCUUAUAAUAAAUCCUGAUAAUGAGCCAUAUCUUCUUCCUUUUGCUCCACAGAUAUACAAGCGGCUGAUUGAUCUUCUGAGUUUGCCAGCAGUGGAUGCACAAGCGGCAGCAAUAGGGGCUCUCUAUAACCUCUCAGAAGUUAAUAUGGACUGCCGCCUUAAACUUGCAAGUGAAAGAUGGGCUGUCGAUCGACUCCUGAAGAUUGUUAGAACUCCACACCCUGUACCUGAGGUAUGUAGGAAAGCAGCGAUGAUAUUGGAGAGCCUGGUUUCUGAACCUCAAAAUAGGCCUGCCCUUUUGGCUCAUGAAAGCACCUUCGCAGAGAUACUCCUUUCAGAUGGAAAAUAUUCUGAGAUAUUUGCUCGGAUAUUGUAUGAGCUGACUUCAAGACCCAAUAGCAAGGUUGCGAUCACUCGGGGUGUAUGGGGCAUGUGAGGAUCUCAGAACUUACUUGUAGGCUUUGCCUUCUAUGACUAUGAGUGCUCGAAUCCAUCCACUAGUGCAUGUGGAGUGUUUUCAAGUAGUUCAGAUCGGACUUGUACCUAACAUGCGGAACUCUACCAUAGUUUAUCUCAUAAACGACUAUGUUGCAUUUGACGACCUUGUGAUGGAUGAAGUGGUUAAAAAUCAAAUUAGGGACGUUUAUUAUAAAUCACUUGUGUUUCUUGAGUAGCUAAUCAAUCAUCUGCCUUUAUGGUUUACCUGACUGUCUUUGUAGCUGAUUGAUGUAUCAUUGAGGGGGUUGUGCUUUACUGGAAUGUGUUUUCGGUUUUAAAGUUCUACUGAGGACAUUGUUGUAACCGAUUAGAAACUAUUAAAAAUACAAGGUUGCUCUUCUCAUUUA